GUGCGUAGAUCGUGUGCAAAAUGUUGGCCAUCAUCAAUCGGAUACUUGACUGGUUCAAGAGUCUGUUCUGGAAGGAGGAAAUGGAGCUCACGCUCGUGGGACUUCAGUAUUCCGGAAAGACAACCUUCGUCAACAUCAUCGCAUCCGGGCAGUUCAGCGAGGACAUGAUUCCCACGGUGGGCUUCAACAUGCGCAAGAUCACGAAGGGCAACGUGACGAUCAAGGUGUGGGACAUCGGCGGCCAGCCCAGGUUCCGCUCCAUGUGGGAGCGCUACUGUCGCGGAGUGAACGCCAUCGUUUACAUGGUGGACGCCGCGGACCUGGACAAGAUGGAAGCCUCCCGGAACGAGCUGCACUCGCUGCUGGACAAGCCGCAGCUCACGGGCAUCCCGGUGCUGGUGCUGGGCAACAAGCGCGACAUUCCCGGCGCCCUGGACGAGCCUGGACUGAUUGACAGAAUGAAUUUGGCCACCAUCCAGGACCGAGAGAUCUGCUGCUAUAGUAUUUCGUGCAAAGAGAAGGAUAAUAUCGAUAUAACUCUGCAAUGGCUCAUCGCCCAUUCGAAAAGUCAAAGCCGUUAGGCGAUAGUGUGUGUAGUGAAUAAUUUUGAAAUGAGAGGAAGGAUCUCGCGGCGUGCAAAGAGGGUUAGAGAGAAGAAAGUGGUGAAGAGUCAGAGGUGAAGUGGAAUAUUUUCACAGAAUAAAACGUCUAGAAGAAUAUUCAAGGCGAUUCCAUUUGAGGUGUUGAAGGAGAGAAAAAAAAAACGAUCACGUGGGAACUUUGAGAGAUUUUUUGUGCAGAAUCUAUAUUUAUGUUUUUAUUCCAAUUUAGUUGUUGAUCUUAAUUUGUAACCCAAAUGCCCAUAUUUUUGUAGUGAUAUCGACUUUACAGCGAUUAGCGUGAGGACGUAAAUGAUUUGUUUUUUAAUUGAAGCAGCACAAAAAUGUUCUUCUUGCUUUACACAAACAUUACUAUAUUGAAUGCAAUUCUUCCUCAGUUGAACAUUUUUCACACUUUUUCAGUCACUGGCAGAAGAUUUCAGCGGAAGUGUUGAAGUGACAGAUUUGAUAAAAUUCUAUUAAAGACUGGUGAUUUGGAAAAACGGUAUUGGAGAAAAUUCUAGCGAUAACGCAUUGCUUUCCACAAAAAACUCUCGAGAUAAUAGGAUUUUUUUUUAUUUAAUUGUUACUUUGUAAGCAUCAACUGAAGUUUAUAGAGAGAGAGAAUGUAAAUACAUGCAAAAGAAGUUGAGAACGGAGGAGAAAAGUGUGAACAGGAGAUGGAAAACUUACCAUUAUUUUACAAACUCAAAUGAAAAAGAAGAAGAAGUAUGAAAAGGAUAGAUUAAGAACGAAUAUGAAAAUAGAUAAAGAUAUCUUACAUGCAAGCGCAAGAUUAAUUCUUUUUGUAUAUGAAAGUAAUCUUGUUUAUAUAGGUGAUUAUGUGGAUAAAUUGUGAAAUGAUAUGAAUUGUAAUUAACAUUUUCUAUAGAGCGACGUGAGAGUGAGCGCAAGAUCUUCAUUAUCUUGUGGGUGACAUGAAAACAGCAACAAAAAAAUGUGAGCGCGAAGUUUUCUUUUCUCCUGAAUUGUGAUUAGAAGAACCAAUUCACACUUUGCACAGAGAAGUUCGUGUGAGUUUUUAUAGAAAGUGUUAAUAAGGCGAUACAUAGACUUUGUGGCUUUCCUCUUAUUGAAAAUUACAACUAUUAUUACAAUGUUUGUUAUUGGGCAUGAAUAAAAGCAAGAAAAAAAAACCUAUAAAUAUUAUAUAGCAUAUAUAAACUAUUAAAGGAAAGUAAACCAAAAUUUUCAACUUACAACUAUGUGCAAGAUAAUAUGAAAGGCAUUAAAAUAGAUUGACAGAAAUAAAACUUUUUAAACGAA